AUGGGUAACUGCUUUUCGUCCGUCAACGACGACGACAACUGUCGCAUCGCUGCGCGCGAGCGACGCCGUGAGGCGCGGAGGAAGGGCGAGCUGCAAAGUAGAGGAGGGGGCGACGCGGUGAGCAGCAAGGAGAAGGAGCGGCGCGUGGCGGCUUAUCUGGCGGCGGAGCAGCAGCGGGACGGCCAGCUGGCACGGCUGACCAAUCGGGGCACGGAGAACGGGUUCUCCUUCGCGGGCCCUGCCUCCGUGAUGUGCGCCGUCAUGAACGGCCAUGGCCGUUUCUUUCAAGGCGCCUCUCAAGUCUCUCCUUUCCCUUCUCCUCCCGGUCCCCCUUCCCUCCCAUCCCACUCCCACCUGCAGUCCUUCGCGGGACCUGCCUCCGUGCUGUGCGCCGCGAUGGACGGCCAUGGCCGCUUCGGCCACACAGUGUCGGCACGCGUGAGGGACUCCCUCCCCUCUCAGCUCUCCCAGCGCCUCUUCCCGCACACCAAUGGUGCUGACGCCACAUCGCCGUGUGAUGACGCAUCGUUGUGUGGUGAUGAUGGAUCAGUGGGGGUUGCACACGUGGCGGAGCAGCAGUGGAGGGAGGCCGUGCGCGGCGCGUUUGAGGCCGUUGAUCGCGAGGUGAAGCUGCAUCCGGCCGUUGAUCCGCUCGUCAGUGGCAGCACAGCGGUAGUGGCGAUGGUUCAACACGACCAUCUCUUUCUUGCCAACCUCGGGGAUUCCCGCGCCGUGCUCGCCAGACGAGCACACUCGCCUGCUUCCUGCAACGCCACGUCAGCUGCUGACGUGGCUCCCUGUCAUGCUGCCACGUCAGCCAAGGCAGCCGGAACCAUCGCAACCGGUCCAACCCAGCACCAGCACCACCAAUCAGAUCAACCCAGCUGUCAGGCUCCUGUCAGCUGUCACGCUUUCGAGGCCGUCGCCCUGACUGCCGAACACAAGUGCUCCGAUCCAACAGAGGCCGCCCGGAUCAGGAAAGCGGGUGGCAGAGUGGAGGCGCUAGAGGACGAGAAGCACAUCAUGAGGAUCUGGCUGCCCAAUGAGAUGGCGCCAGGGCUGGUCACCUCCCGGGCGGUGGGAGAUUUCCUGCUGAAGGGAUUCGGAGUGUCCUGCGAGCCUGAUGUUACCGUGUUACCAGUGGAAGAUGGGGACGAAUUCGUCAUUCUGGCGACCGACGGGGUGUGGGAUGUACUCUCUCACGAGGAGGCUGUCUCUAUCGUUGCCACGUCACCAUCCCCUGCCACAUCAGCGGAACGCCUGGUGACCUCAGCGCAGGAGGCCUGGGCGACCAAGUAUCCCAAGGCUCGGCGAGACGACUGCACAGCCGUGGUGCUCUUCCUCCGAACCUCUCUGCCGAACCUGAUCCCGAACCUGCCAUGUCCUGGUUCGGGAGAAGCCGUCGGGGCAGGAGAGGGUGGGCACACCGGUGCGACUACAGGCACCAUCGUUGACACCGCUGUCGCCUCCACUGCUGCCACUACUGCUGCCACUGCUACAGCCACUGCUACAGAGGCAGAGGCAGAGAAAGGAACGGCAGAAAUGGCAGGUGAAGGUUCCAUGUAUUCUGAUGCAGGCUCGGAUGCUGCAGAGCAGUGCUUCACAGAGCGGCAUGGAGAUGCAGUGUUCACAGAUGAAGGGCUCAGAUUCCACCGCAAUGACACGGUUGCAAACCUGGCGGCGCUAGAUUGGCAGGACGAGCAGGUUCUGGCGAAGAGGGCGCUGAGGCGAUGCCAGGGGGAGGAAGAGGAGGGUGAGAAGAAGAAUGACAAACAGCUGAAGCGGGGCUUGAGGAGGGGUGAUUGA